UUUCAGCGAACCUCACAUCAGUUCCUCGUGAGAACGGGAAUCAAUAUCCGCUAAACGAGCGCUCGGACCACUCUCCGUCGGGAAUUAGAUCUCCGUUCAUCGUCCAACAUCCGAAGCUUUCUAUGAGUUUGGCAAUGGAACCUAAUUCAGACCCUGAGCACCACCUGAUGAUUGACCACAGAAUGCCGCAAGCUAGCGAAAUUGAUCCAAGGAGAGGGAGAUUUCCAUGUUGCAUUGUGUGGACACCACUUCCUGUCCUUUCAUGGUUAGUUCCUUUCAUAGGCCACAUGGGGAUAUGCAGAGAAGAUGGAGUUAUAUUGGACUUUGCAGGGCCUAAUUUUGUUUGUGUGGACAACUUUACAUUUGGGGCAGUGGCCCGCUACAUCCAAAUGAGUAAAGAAAAGUGCUCCAUUUGUCCCCAGUUGGCUGCGUACAGAAGUGACGAGGCAUACAGACAAGAUGAACCUUCAAGAGACUUAUCAACAUGGGAUGAUGCGCUGCGGAAAGGCACACAGGAAUUCCAGCACCGAUCAUACAACCUUUUUACUUGUAACUGUCAUUCCUUUGUGGCCAACAAUUUGAACAGGCUGGCCUUUCAGUCAGGUGGGUGGAACGUGGUGAACUUGGCGGUUCUGAUUUUCCUCAAGGGACAGUGGGUGAACAAAGCAUCUAUGGUGCGGUCAUACUUGCCAUUUUUGGUAGUGUUUAGUCUGGGAGUCACCAUUGGAGGAUGGACUUUCGUUACUUUUUUGGCCUUCUUCACCUUCCUUCUAGUAGGGUGGUUUCUUCUUGGUACAUACUGUUUCAGGAAUUUGAUCCUGUUGUAGUCUUUCCAUUACUUGGCUCUACGAGGUUUACCCACUGUAGUUUCAAAAAAUAUUUGUGGUUUUUUUUUUUUUUUGUAUGAUAGACUUGAAGAUUCCCUAGAUUAUUUUUGGUUUUGGUGUUUGAAUGAGACAUCGUAUUGAAAA